AAGAUUGCAAAAGUGAAAAAAAAAAAAAGAAGAAGCCGUGUACAUUAAUUUAUCAAAGAUUCUUGUCUAUACAGCCAGCCAGAUAUAUACACACACAUACCAUACAGGUGUAUGCAAUCAUUUAUUACAAUAAUUUUUUUAAGAAAAUAGAAACUGGGUUCAGUGUUGUUGUUUAACAGUUGAUUAGCUGGAGCAUUUGCUGAUUUGCUCUUUGUAUGUUUUUUUCCUUCAACAUCUCUUCUCCCAGCCAGUCUAACAGAGAUGCAGUGUGAUCUAUUGCAGGGAAGUUUUUGCCUAGAUUUUGUAGACAUGAUUUCUGAGCUGCUAUCACAUAAGUGGAAAAUAAAACUUAAGUUCCCUAAUGUUUUUAAAAAGUUCAACGCAAUCCCUGAAUAUAGUUGCAUUUAGUCCCUAACCUUCUAUUUGGCCUUAUAUGGUUGUCCGUACUCCCACCAGAUCCAAACGCAGCAACCAAGAUGAUCCACUUGUCCUACAGAUAAUAUUAUAAGACAGUUUUUUCUAGUUUUCCCCUCAUUAGCCAAAAAAAAAAAGAACAGAGUUUAAACUUUCAGCUCCUAAUGCAUGCAUGACCUCUAUCAGAAUUCUCACAUCGAUAGAAGAUGUGUGAUUCGGUCUCUUUAUAUGGUCCUGCCCAAACCUAACUUCAUGAGCUCGGGGUCGAAGGUCCAUCUCUUAUAAUGGUAUCAGUGCCAAGCCCAUCCUAAUUCUUGGUUUAUCCAAUGUUAAACCUCCAUAUUAUGUUGUCUAUGUGCUGUUCUAGGCUCGAGCGUGGCGACAGAGGGGGUGUUAGAAUUCCCACAUGGUUGCGUGAUUUGGUCUCUUUAUAUAGUCUUGGGAAAUCCUCACCUCAUGAGCUAGCUUUUGAGGUCUCAUAAGUUUGUUAUGCCAGAUUGGAUAGAUCAGUUGGAAGGGGACCACAUGGUUGAUUUUGAUGAAUCAAUUUGGGAUCCAUGCGAGUAAACUCACCUGCCUAAAGUCUAAACCAAGUAAAAGUUGGGUGACUAAAUUGCUGGAAGUCAAUGGUUGGAGACUACAUUGCAUUUCUGAGAUUUCUCCUGAAAAAUGUUAAGGACUUCCUUCUGUGGAAAACUAAAAACAGAAAGGCAUGGGGAAACAUUUUUUAGUUUACUUGAAAAUCACUUUCAAUUAUGUGGUAGAAAAAUGUGUCAGCACUUAAGCAAUUACUUGUUAUAAUCGAGUGUAUGCCUGUAGAAAGUUGCAAACUGUUGUAACAUGAUAUUAAGUUUGAUCCAACAACUUUUCGGAUUUUAGCAGUACAUUGAACUUUUAGGUAAGUACGUAGAUGGUUCUAACACACAAAGGAAGCUUUGAGCUUGUCCUUUCGUCUUUCCUACUGAGCCUGUACUUGUGUUCCUAGGUCUGGACUUCAGAAGCUGGAAAACAAGUGGAAUGGCGGUAGAGCUUGUUAACUCUGCAACAAGCGACAAACUCACUGAAAUAGAUUGGACGAAAAAUAUCGAAAUAUGUGAAUUGGUCGCACGCGAUCAUAAGCAAGCUAGAGAUGUCGUUAAAGCUAUAAAGAAACGGCUGGGAAGUAAAAGCGCAAACUCACAACUCUUCUCAGUAAAUUUGCUGGAAAUGUUGAUAAACAAUAUCGGAGAACCUGUUCAUAAGCAGGUUAUUGAUACAGGAAUCCUUCCAAUACUUGUAAAGAUAGUGAAGAAAAAGUCAGAUCUACCUGUAAGAGAGAAGAUAUUUCUUCUUCUAGAUGCUGCACAGACUUCUCUUGGCGGAGCGUCUGGGAGGUUCCCUCAGUAUUAUUCUGCAUAUUAUGAGUUAGUGAGUGCGGGUGUGGAGUUUCCUCAAAGAUCUCUUGCCUCCUCCGAACCACGUGCUCCUUCAAAUAAGAAUAAAAAUAAUCCGCGAGACAACAAUCAUGUCUCUUCUAGAUGUGAAAUGAAAUACCCACAAGCAGAAGAACCUCAAAAAGCUCCCGAUAAUAGUAUCUUACAGAAGGCUGCCACUGCUCUAGAGGUUCUAAGAGAAGUCCUUGAUGCUGUCGACUCUCAGCAUCCUGAGGGAGCAAAAGAUGAGUUUACGCUUGAUCUUGUGGAGCAAUGUUCGUUUCAAAAGCAACGAGUGAUGCAUCUUGCUAUAAGUUCGCG